UUCAUCAACCUUUGCAUGCAGCGGGACACAUUUUGAACCCAGGGCUCUAUUAUAAAAAUAAUGACAUGAAGACUUUAACUGAAGAUGUGUGGCAGGGAUAUCAUAAAUGUGUUGAGAGGAUGAUCCCAGAUAAAAAUUUGCAAGACAAAAUAGGGGAGGAGCUUGGUGUGUACAUGAAAGCGGAUGGCCUACUUGGAAUUGAAUCAGCCAUUAGAGCUAGAACCUUAAGGUCACCAGUUGAAUGGUGGAUGCAAUAUGGUCAUAAUGUCCCAAACUUGCAACAGUUUGCUAUUAGAGUGCAAAGUUUAACUUGUAGCGCAUCCGGUUGUGAGAGAAAUUGGAGCGUGUAUGAACAUAUUCAUAGUAAAAAGAGAAAUAGGCUUGAGUUGACACGCCUCAAUGAUCUAGUGUUCAUCAAAUAUAAUAGAACAUUGGCGCGUCGUUACAAUGCUCGUAAUACCAUUGAUCCAAUUUUGUUGGAUAGUAUUGAUGAGGCAAAUGAAUGGUUAACCGGAGCACCCCAAGAUCACCAAGAUGAAGAAGUGUAUGAAGGAGAAAGUCUCACUUAUGGUGAUGUUUCUAUGGCAAGUGGUGUUGAGGAGAAUAUUUAUAGUUUUAGGGGGAGUACUUUAAGGGGCAAUGAAAGAGGAGCUAGAGGUUCCAGUUCAAGUCGAAACCUUGUUGAUGAGCCUUCUGAUGAUGAAGAAGAUGAUGACCAAGUAGAACCCUUGGUUAUGGCACUUGAAGAGUUUGAGGAUCUUGUUGAAGAAUAGGAGUUUGAUUCUUUUGUGAUUUAAUUAUGUUUUUGAUUUUUUGCUUUAUAUGUUAUGACUUAUGAGUAUUAUUGACUAUCUAUUUACUUUUAAUCUAAGAAUAUAUUACCUCUAUUCAGUUAUUUAAUAUUUUUUUAUUUUUAUACUAAA